AUGCCUGUUAUUGGGAAAACGUUAGAGUCUAUUAUAAAGGAUGUAAUAGCAGACCGUUUAGGAAUACAGGGUUGCAUUAUAAUAUCUGACCUUUACUUUUCUUGCACAGAUUAUCUAUUCAGUUUUGCAACUGCUGCUACCAAAAAGAUAUCUGAAUCCAUGGUUGAAACUGCGCAGACUAUUAAAAAGUCUGUAGAAGAAGGCAAUAUUGAUGGCGUGAUUGAUAAGACCAUUAUUGGCGAUUUCAAAAAAGAACAAGACAAGUUUGUACAAGAAAAGCUGACAAAGAAAGCAGAUGCAGCAGUACCUCCUUGGGUUGGAUAUAGUGAAGAAGAAACUAUUCAGCAACAAAUCUUAGCUUUAUCAGCAGAGAGGAGAAAUUUUUUGCGAGAUCCACCAGCAGGAGUCCAGUUUAAUUUUGAUUUUGAUCAGAUGUACCCUGUUGCUGUAGUCAUGCUCCAGGAAGAUGAACUUCUUAACAGAAUGCGCUUUGAUCUUGUUCCAAAGUUUGUGAAGGAAGAAGUAUUCUGGAGGAAUUAUUUCUACAGGGUGUCACUUAUCAAACAAUCAGCACAGCUUACUGCCCUAGCUGCUCAACAGCAAACAGUUGACCAAGAGGACAGAGAAGAUAGCAGUCCAAAUGAUGUCCAUUUAACAGAAACAACAAGGUCAAAAACACCACCUUUUCCUAUCCAAACUCAGGCAAAAUCAUGUGAGGAGGAAGAGGAAAUUUCCACAAGUCCAGGUACCACAGAGUUUAUUAGCGAUGCAUAUGAUGCAAGCAGUCUGAAUCAAGAGGAUCUGCGGAAAGAAAUUGAGCAGUUGGUGUUGGAUAAAAAAGAGGAUGUUGCAAAAGAAGCAUCUGCUAACUGGGAAGAUGAACUACAGCAAGAACUUCAAGAUUAUGAGGUGGUGGUUGAGGGAGAAAAAACAGAUGAAAACUGGGAUAAGGAAAUUGAAGAAUUGUUACAAGCGGAUGGUUGAAUUGAAGAUUGUGCUGCACUCUAUUACUUUCCCCAACACACAACCAGCAUGACUGGCAUGAACCUCAUUCUCUUCACUCACUUUUGUCUGAGAAGAUAAGUUUGUAGGAAUAAUUCUUGGAGAAAAAAAAGUGCCUUGCUGUAUGUUUUCUCUGUAAUCUGGAGUAAUUUACUUCUUUUCGAUCAAAGCAGGCGGACUAGCAAAGUUAGAUUUCCAGUACCAAGAUUUAUAUAUUCUCCAUUUAUACCCACUAGUCAUACAGGUGUACCAGUGAUUAAGGAUUUAUAUUUUCUCCAUUUAUACCUACAAAUGGUCAUGCAGGUGUGCCAGUGGUUUAUAGUCGAACAUGGAAAAAUCUGCCUGGUGGAAUUAAAAUUCGGAUGCAGGCCUUGGAUUUCACGGUUUGGUUUUGAAACUUCAUCGUGUAAUAAAGUACUGAAGAAAGCUUUGCAAGCUAGUUAUAGACAGAAUUCAACUAUACUAAAUUAUUUAGGAUUUCCUAACAUGAACUAGGUGAACAUAUACUUUAAAAGUUUAAUGUGUAAAACAUAUAAUCAGACUAGAUUAAACAUAAUCCAGAUUGUUUGCUAAUUGUUUAAUAAUUCAGAACUAGACCUAUUACGUGCUUCACAUUGUUAUGAGCACAAGAAACCAAAGUCUUUUAUAAAAAAAAAGCAUAUAUUGAUAAACAAUCAUUCCAUAUUCCUUACAUUUAUCUCAUAAAUAUUGUUAGUAAUAGCCACCUGAUUUUAUUGGAUUUUGCAGGAUUAGUGUUUGAAUAAGAAAUAGCUUUUUAAAAAUUCAUAGACAAUGAAAAUUGUACAAAUGUCUGUCAUUUCAUAUUUGCCAAAAGCACUAAUCACACCUAGCAGUCUGGCAAUUUAGACAUGUUUAUAAUUUUUCUUGGUUGUUUAUAUUUUUGUGAAACAAAUUCAAGAUUUCUGUAUCAGUACUGAUUCUGGAUGCUGAUUAAAUGGUGAAAAGAAAAGUUUUUCAUAAAUCUAUUUUCCCCAGUGCCACCCGGACCGAAAUUUCAUAUGUUCAUUACCCAUAAACUCUCAUCUGUUGCCCUGUUUUAAACUGACAUUUAUUGAACAUCUUGAAGUUUAUGCCUUGUAACGUUAUGAUUGGGAAUAAUAGCCUCCCAUUUUAAUCAUAGGUGGCAAAGGUUCUAUAAAUUGUCAGGCUACAUUUUUCCAGUAGUCACAAACUGUAACAGAAUACAGGGGCCCUUGAAGCUGCUAAAAUGAUUGAUAUUUGCUUUGCUGCUAGGUCUGGAUUGUGUAUAUCUCUCUUCAUAACAAUUGAGAGUUUGGGACAUAUCACUGAACUGCUGCUUUACUUUAUCAUGCCAGCUUGGAAUACAAUAAAUGCUUAAGUACGUGAUUAGUUUUCAAGUUGUAUAAAGUUGUUCUUCCAGGCUAAAUGUAACUUACAAAUUUCUUGUAUCAUUUAAAUAUUAAUAAAUUAGACUUCCUUUAAAUUAA